CACUCCCCAUCAAAUGUCAGAUCCAGCCCUGACACCAAUCCUCUGGAAGGGGGAAGACAGAUUUUUGACACACACACACGCACAUAGACUCUGUGGCAAGGAAGAGUCCUGGAACAGCCAACUGUGUUCACAUAAUUUAUAAACAUAGCGCAGCUGGACCAGAAGGAAGAAUUGACAUUUUCACACAGAUUGUGAGGAGUUACAUCAUUUCUGUUUCAUGCGGGAAAGAGGAGAGGCUAUUUGAAACAAAUACGAGACAGUCAAAAAAAGUUGCACUCUUGGUAUUGUCAUCAUGAAGUUACAUGUGGCACUAUUUUUCGGCGGGCUCUUCGGUGCCUUGGCAACACUAUUUAUUCUCUUGUCAUUUGGCACGGACUAUUGGCUUCUGGCAACAGAGACGUGCGAGCCACAUGGAGUUUAUAAGAAAGAUGAGACAGUGGUCAGUAAUCAAGACCAUCAGAACAUCACCUUUUACCAUGAAGGUUUUUUUUGGCGUUGUUCCUUUGAAGACAAAAUGAGCAAGGAUGACGACUUGUGGAAUUUCUGGUUUGGAAAUCUGGCACAUGCAAAGGUAUGCAAUCUUGCAUUUCUGCUCCCGUUUCCUAUUCCUGACCAGACCUACAACUCCACCAGUUAUCAGUCUGCCAUAAUCUACAGAGGCUUCUGGAGUGUCUCCAUGUUGGUGGGUGUGGUCGCUGUGGUGGCUGGCGGUUUCAUUAUCAUAUGUGCAGCCCCGUUUACCAGUCAUUGUCUUUAUAAAGCAGGAGGUGGACUCUACCUCAUUUCCGGUUUCUUCUUUCUUGUUGUGACUGUGAUGUAUGUUAUCUGGCUAGAUGCUCUGGAUGUAAUGGCCUUGUAUUAUGAUUAUCAGACAACUCAUAAGUGCCCAUAUUUUACACUUAAUAUGAGUUACGGUCUCUCCUUCAUGUUUGCUCCUGUGGGUGUGUUCUUCUGUUUACUGGCUGGUAUUCUUUUCUUAGCCAUUGGUCGUGCAAUCCAGAAAAGUUACACCUAAACCCCAUAAAACAGAGGAAUGGUAUUGUAUGUCCAAAAUACUGUACAUUAAGAUAACCACUAUUAAAAGAGAACAUAUCUGGCCAAUUAAUAAUUACUGAUCUAAAACCUCUUAGGAUGGCUUAUAUGACUAACUGUUACGUGCCUUUGAAUUUCGCAAAUGUUGUUUUAAUAUCAUUGCUAACCCGUGGGCUGUAAGCAGUACUGUAAACAUAAAUCAUGGAUGGUUUGGGAUCACAUGUUUGUGUGAGUGUUCAUGUUUGAUUGUAUUGCACAAUGUCGUUUAUGAACUGCUGCAUUUUUUAUUAUGCCUGGACUGGAACAACUGUAGACUUAUUUGUGUCUGCUUGAACUUUAAGUAUGCGUUGUUUUAUUUGCUUCGCUUUUUAAAUGUUGAUUUUCUGGCUUUUUUUAAAAGGAAUUUUUGUCCACUGGCUUUGAAUGAACUACACAGUUGUAUUAGAGAGCAUUGUAGUUUGAUAUACUCAGCUAACCUGAAACUUUGUUUAAUGUAUGCAGCUUGUUUAAACAGCAAAACACGUAUAUGGGAUAUUUUGGGUGAAUGUCACUUAAAAUAAUCCAGUCAAAACAGGUCAUAAGCAGAAGCAGUGUCAGCUCGUGACUGCUCAAAUUCAAAAUAUGUGUUUGUUACAUCAUGUGAAUCAUGUGCAUCACGUGUUUUGUCAAAAUAAGUGCCUGCUGCACAUGCGUCAAAACUGUUUAUGAUAAAACAGACGCUCACGUUCAAAAAGUACAAGCAAGACAGCUUAACAGUAAACUUUGAUUACGCAUGAGAUUAUGCGAGUAUCUGGCAAACGCGAGCGUCUCUUUUAUCAUAAACCCUUUAGACGCAUCUGCAGCAGGCACUUAUUUUGACAAGACACGUGAUACACAUAUCACUCAACGUGCAGAACAUAUAUUUUGAAAUUACGAACCACACACAUGACGGGCUACAUACAUGUUGUGACGAACUUCGCAUUAAGCGCCCUCGAAAAAAGAAGUCACUGCCCGCCACUGGUCAUAAGUCCUUUAGGCAGAGAUAAGCUCCAGGGAAAAGCUCCAGCAUGACCCCACAUACAUUACUGUAGGAUAAACACUUUUAAAUAUAGAUGAAUGGACAUUUCACUUUAAAAUCAAAAGAAGGAAAUUAGAAUUUUUUUGCAUUGGUAAAUUAAUAAGUGUAAUAAAAUUAGUUCACUGCAUAAAAACAUUUUUGGAAUAUUUCUUUAUUCUUUCUUUAUAUUGAGGUAUUCGAUGUUGCUUUUUUCACUUUCAGAAUAAGAUCAGGUGUUCAGUAAAAAGCUGCAGUGUUCUAAUGAUAAUCACUUUUGAUAAAAAGGAAAUCCAUGUAAAAUGUUUGGAAGCCUUAUGUUAUUAUAUAGUAUUAUGUAAAUGUAUUCUACUUAGAAAACAUGAAUAUGGUGAAAACUGAUGUCACACUGCAAAAAAUGACUUUCUUACUUAGUAUUUUUGUCUUGUUUUCAAUAGAAAUAUCUAAAAAUUCUUAAAUUAAGAUGUUUUUUCUGGAUGAGUAAAUAAGUCUAGUUUUAAGACAAAUAAUAUACAAUUUAAAUGAAAUUGUCCUUAAAACAAGCAAAAUUAUCUGCCAAUGGGGUGAGAAAAAAAUUGUGAAAUAAGGUUUCUUUUUUCUUAAACACUUAAUUCAAGUACAAUUUUCUCACCCCAUUGGCAGAUAUUUUUGCUUGUUUUAAGCAUAAAUUCACUUAAAUUGUAUAUAUUUUGUCUAAAAACUAGUAUUAUUUUCUUAGGUCAUUUUGCUCAUCAAGAAAAUACAUCUUGAUUUAAGAAUUUUUAGAUAUUUCUACUGAAAACAAGACAAAAGUACUAAGUAAGAAAGUCAUUUUUUGCAGUGUGCACAAAGUAAUAAAUCUUAAUUGUUCUAAAAAAGUUUAUUUUACUUAUCAAAAAAAAAGAAGGUUUUUGGGGGAAAUACAUGUUUUGUGCCAUACUACCUUUGUAAAUAAUGUAAUGGUGCUAUGAAUUACAAUUGGCAUGUAAUAUUUCAAGAUUCAUUAAAAGAUUAAUUUGAAGAUGAAAAA